AUGUAUACAUUCAGAUUGAAAUACUACAUUAACAAGCAUUGUCGGUACUACUGGCAAGAGGUAUUGGAACUAAAAAUACUUCCAGAAGUAAAAGGAUAUAGUCAUUAUGUAACUGCCGUUUGUGUGGAAAUGGCCAUGAUUUACGCAAAUAAUAUCGUCGAGUGCUUCGAGACAAGACUGAAAUCAUAUAUCUUGCACAAUAUUGCAAAGAAAUUUGAAAAGCCAGAUAAAGGUAUACUCAAAAAGAUUACUCAUAUGUACUGCUACCAGAGUAUUUGUGGAGGUACAUCACCUACAUGGCCAGACGAUCUGCCUAGAAUGUACAAUAAUAAGAAAUUUGUAAUUGAUGACAUUUGUAAAGAAUUAGCAGACAUAAACAUGCCUAAACCAGUUACCCUUCAAAACUUGUCAAAGUCCCUAGGAGUCAACAUACCUAUGUUAACCUAA